GUAGGCCCUACAGUACACACAUCAUAUUCACUUCGUUGUGUAAAGUUGUACAAUCAAAGGCCGACCCGGCGACAUCUUUUACUUUUUUAACGUUGAGUGUGCUCAUUAUUUGUCAUUAUAAAGCAACAUUAGAUCCUACCUUUCAAAUGUCUGGGCUUAAACUCGGAAUUCUUAGACUUGGCAGAGUUGCAGGAAAGUCGAAGUAUGCCUUGUUGGAUGAGAGGGAUAUUAGCAUUGUUCAACAACAUGCCAUUGAGCCAAGAGUAGAAGUGGACAAAAAUGGCAAUGGAGCACGGAUAUAUGCCAUUGCACAUGAUAUUGGAAAGAGUCGAAACUACGGGAAAUAUCUUCACGAGCUGCUUUGGGAGAGGCAUAAAGGUGGGAUCGCACCAGGUUGGAGGGUGGUCCACAAAAAUCAUGUCACAGUGGAUAACCGCCUGGAUAACUUGGAGCUGGUGAAAGAGGAUGGGAUGGAUAUGUCGUCCCAUCACCAGGACGAGGGGUCGGGUGGUCAGACCAAAAACCGGGAAAACAGUUUGUACUGGAUUACUGUAACACAGCUGCUUGGUGACCCACUGGAAAUGAACUACCACCAUUUGAACAAGUGGUAUGAUUUCAAUGGAGACAUUGUAGAUCCUGCAGGUGAGAGCUACAUCUAUUAUGAGUGUCACUACCCACCAUGCACUAGGAUGGAGAGAGAGCUGCGAGAGUUCAGUAUAUGUGGGCGGUGCCAGGAAGUUAGAUACUGUGGUACUUCUUGCCAAGAAAGAGAUUGGCCCUCCCACAAAAGAUUCUGCAGAGAGCGCAGAAGACACACAAGGGAGAGUACACCGGAUCGGUGAUAGCCAGCCAUUGGAUAACAUGUGAAAACGAUCCUUCCAUUUGACAUCCUGUCUAGUCUUUUAAUAUAUUCAUUGGUUGAGUCUUAGUCCCACUUUGCCCCAAGUUAACCUAGUCAUUUCAUCCACCCAGAUCAUUUUAAUCUACUACCAUCUGUUUUUAUGCAUUUUUGAUCAUAUGUCAUAAUACAGUUCAUAAAUCAGAAGGAUUAGAAUAUGUGAUAUAAUUGUGAUAUAAUAUGAAGCGACGACAGUCACAACGCCUACAUUUCUCAAAAUUAAGGGAUAGGAAAACAUUUGUGAUAACUUUAACUUGUAAGUUAAAUCCAUCUGUACUAUAUUUUUAGAAAAAAUUUGUGACUAACGUUGAAAUUGAAUAUGGUAGCAUUACUAAACUACACAUAGGCCUACUUGGUUGUAUACUGACGUUUAUUAUUUCCCUUUUUUUGUUAGUGCAAUUAUGUAAGACUGUCAUUUUCCCCCUCAAGUAUAAUGAAAUGCAUUCCAAUGUUUUUUUUUAAAUAAUUUUUUUUAAUGAUCCAAAUCCUAACAAGAUGGGUUAUGGUUUAGCUAGCUUUAAUUACCUUUGUAUUACUGCUUACUGUUCUGAUAUUAGAAUCUCGUAUUGAACCUGUCUCAUCUUUAACUGUUAUGUUGUAUUGAUUGACUUUUUAAAAUCAAUAACUGACACCAGAUCAGAUUGCUUGCAGGUGAACCCAUUGUUCUGUUUACUUUAUUGACAGUAUCUAGUCUGAGUUGUAAAGGGAGAUAAGAUGUAUGACAUAAUAUCAACAAUUGUACAUUUUUUAUAGUAAUAGAUCUUACCUAAACCCUGAGUUAUGCAAGUUCAUAAUUUGGCUGGCCACUCCACGCUACCUGAUUUAUGAUACAACUUUUUGUACUUAAUUAAGGAAAAUACCUGAUCAAAAUGAUGUAAAGUUAAUUAAGAAAUAUAAUUAUUUACUAUAGUAGGUAACAUAAUGAUGGUAAGGCAAACUGUAAAGUACAUUCGAUUUAUUCCAAAGAAAAUAAUUCAUUUUAAUAUUGCAUGAAACUAAAUUAAAUUGCUUAUGAAUAAAUUCUGCACUUGCAUGAUGAACUUAUUUAAAACCAUGAUUAUGACAGUUUGUCUGGUUAUUUAUCUAAUGUAAACUUAUUUUAAUAUAUUCCUGUAUGAAAGCUGUUUUCUAUUUAAAUUUUCAUAUUUUUAAUUGAUCAUUUAUCUCACCAAUCAAUAAGCAUUUAAACAUGAAGUUCAGUUAUUUAGUACUUGAAUAUUGUAUUAUCUAUUUACGGCUCAUCUUGGUUGGGAGAUGUUCGUGCCCCUACCAAAGCUUUGGAUGCAUGAUUAGAUAUUUUUAGAUGUGCCAUAAAGGCUGCCAUUAGAGAUUUUUAGGAGUGCCUCUGAGGCUGCCAUUAGCUAUUUUUAGAGGUCUUUAGAAAUACCAUACAUUAAAUAAUUAUGACCUGGCUAAAUUUAAACAGUACGUGUGUAAUGUUAUUUUUUUUUUCAACUAAAAAAUGUCUACUGUUUUUAAAUGACUGUUGUGUCAAGAUAGUUUUAGAUCAUUUUUAAAACCUUCCUGUGUUUGAUUUGUGUGCAAUAUUCAAUGGCUGAUUACAAUAUUUGUAAUUUUUUAAACACAUUUUUAAAUCUGCUUUAAAAGAAGUCAUUUUGACUGAUUAAAAUCUUUUCUCGUAUUAGUUUUAUUUCAUACUAAAUCCACUAAUGUGCUGUGGUGUUGUCCAUUCCAUAACUAACAUCAUACAGUUCAGGUCCCUUUUCAACUUCAACAGCGCUCCUCCCCCAGUAUUGUCAUGUCAAAAAGUCAGACUCCGCCUCUCAGGUGCUCUAUGUCAUUAUAAAAAUCUAUGUAUAAAAUAUACAUAUGGAAUUUUGCAAUUGAUUCUAAGUAAACAAUACUUCAUUCUCUAAAACGUAUUGUAGAUAUUGUCUACUUUGCAGGUGUUAAUAAGAUAACUUUAUGUACAUAAUACAUGUUUCCAAUCAGAAUUCCUAAAUUUGCUUUAUCAUGUUCUAUAAUCCUGUCACAAUUUUUUGUUUAUCACAUUCCUGUAAGUUGAAUCCCUAGGAUUAAAUAUGUUUAUUAAUAAAUUGCUACAAAGAACUGAAGCAUAAACACAAAUUAUUUCAACAAUGAUGUGUGAUCAACUUUAUGACAAGUUAGAAAAAAAUGUGCAAAUAUUUCAGAACUACUCAUUAUAUUUCCUUUUGAAUAUAUAUGUAGUUAACUACCAAUACUUGCAACUGAUUUUUUGUUAUUGUUUGUUAACCUUUUAACAUGGAGAGCAUUCCAUUUGUAAUCAUAAUUUUUAAAUUUACGUACUAAUUUUGUAAUGAGAGUAUUUUUUUUUAUUAACACAAAUUAUUUAUAA